CAGCCCUCUGUCCCACGUGUUGUUUUGGAGGAAGUCUUUGGGUUGUUUUGGAAUCGUGCAGACCACGUGGAGGCACAAGGUAACUUUCUAACGGGCGGACUGUAGCUAGAAGGAGUCCUCGGCACUGCAGGUGACACAACAAGCACAAGACAGUCGACUCAGUGCUGUGAGAGAUGUCAGCCGGAGGACAGACCACCAGGAGCCGGGAUAUCCCCGCCGUGAGACGGGUCACUAUCCACGAUGCUGCCCAUAUGCCCCAGGACUACUCCACCACUCCCGGGGGGACGCUGUUCAGCACCACGCCAGGAGGCACCAGAAUCAUCUACGACAGGAAGUUCCUCCUGCAGUGUCGGACGUCCCCUCUGGCUCGUACGCCUCCCAACAUGCCUGACAUCCCCGGAGUCACCAGGCCGCUCAAACCCGACUCCUCCAGCGACACAAACCAGCCGGAAAAGACAGCCAACAAUAACAACAAGCACAGCCUGCAUAAACAGGGGAGCACAGGAGAAGAGUCUCAGUUUGAAAUGGACAUUUGAAGAGUCGGCCAUAAGGAUGAAAGUAAUUCCGAACAUUUUCAUUGUUUUUGUUUACUGUUGAGAAAAAAAUGUAUAAAAACUUUAAAAAAAAAAAAAAAAAAAAAGGAUCAGUUGAAAUGAGAAGUCUAGUCUUAGAGUUCUGAAAAAAAGACUGUAUUUUUUGUAAUGAUUACUAUGUGAAAAUGUUGUACUCUUAUAAAACAAUAACUGAUGCAUACAAUUGUCGUUUGCUUUGAUGGGCACUUUGUAUGAUCUGUGACAUAUUUGACAAAUAAGUCAAAGCAUUGUUGAAAUUAAACCAUAAAUAUUUUA